AUGGUUCUCUGGGUAACGGCGAACCCUGGAUGCGGCAAAACAGUAACCGCAAAGGAAGCAGUAAAAAGUUUGGAUAAACCUGAAGAUGGAAGUAGGGCAUUUUACUUCUUCUUCAAGGCCGGUAAUAUGAAUCAAACGGAAUGGCGUCAUGCAAUUUGCUCUCUUCUCUAUCAGCUCAUUUUCAGAGAGAACAAGCUUUCCAGAACGAUCUUUCCGGAGUAUCGCGCCAAAGGGGAUCCCCUGUUCGCUGAAGUUAAUGCGCUUUGGAAACUAUUUCUCCUUGUGUUAUUGGAUGCGAAAACUCUCUACGACCGGGUCUUUUGCAUUAUAGAUGCCCUCGAUGAGGGUGAGUCCGACACACAGGAUCUAAUAAUACAGCACUUGGGGCGGCUCACUGCGACAGAGGGUGUUAAGUUUCUGGUCAAUAGUCGCCCGAGUAUCAAUAUCCAAAGAACAAACCGGUCCCCGUCUGUCCUGAGGAUCAAGGGGGAGAAUGGGCUUAUUUCACUUACUUCGGAUAUCUCUAUUAUGAUUGAUAGGGAAGUACAAAACCUUUUGGAAGAAUUUGGUUUGCCGAUACAGAGUUGUAGGCUUCUUGCGGAAAAGCUGAAAGCAAGAUCUGGAGAGACCUUUCUUUGGGUGUCAUUGGUUUUCAAAGUGCUACAUGGGUCCGGGAAUACUUCGAUGGCGUGGAAGUCAAUACUUCGAGAACUGGAUGAGAUGCCUAAAGAUCUAAAACAGCUUUAUGAAUAUUCUCUAUCCCGGAGCCCGGAUAUUGGAGAUACGAAGAAGGUGCUGUGCAUAAUUUUGGCGGCAUAUCGCCCCUUAAGUCUGAGGGAACUUAACAUUCUCCUCCGCAUUGAUGGUGCAGAAACCGUGACGGACCUGGACAUGUUUUUGGAGCCGGGAUCACAGAUCGAAUUUGUUGUCAGAAGUCUCUGCGGAAUAUUUAUCUAUAUCGCCAACGGCAUGGUCCAUUUGAUACACGAAACAGCAAGAGAUUUUCUUCUUGGGCUCGGAGCUUCAGAAAAAGCAUACUCAAAGCUAAAGAUCACCCUUGUGGAUUCCCAUGAAAUUAUGGCCUGUGCUUGUAUAACCUAUUUACUGAUUCCGGGCUACCAGGAGUAUAAGGGAGGUGCUCUAUCUUCAUACGCUGCCCGUCAUUGCAUGGAUCACAAUUUAGAGUCUCGAAAAAUCAAAGAUGGCCCUGAUAUAGAUAUUUUUUGCAAAUACGACCUUGGAACACCACGAAAAAUUGACACAAUGAUUGCGGAAAUAUGCGACACCGGAAAAUCCAAUAUUAAUAGUAUUUACUCUAGUAUUUACGAUCAAAGCCUGUUUUUUUUGGGCGAGCACUCAAUAGCCGUGAUCGUGGGUGUAAUAUGUGGGUCUAAUUGCCGGGGCAGGAUAGUGGAUGGAGGCUCACUCUUAACUACGCUAGUUGAGAGACGGUACGCUAUAGGGACAGGUCUAUUCUUUCGAUAUCUGGACACUCCGCUCUUGGAAAAAUAUUUGAGGGAGGCUUUAGACCGAGAAAUGAAUACCCCUGCGCGAAUCUCUCGAGAUCGGAAGGAAAUAGAUAUCGAUACCGAUAGAAACAUAGCUAAAUCGAUUACAGAUGUCUUCCAAAGCGGAGAAUUAACCCCAAAAAAGGCUAUCGACACUCUGCGGGACCUAAUAGGAGAGUGGCGGCUCACUAAAAAAGCUAUCCCUGAUUUUGUUUGGGGCCAGAUAUACAGCUGCGGCUAUGCCGGCGGUCAGGGUACAUUCCAAAAAAAUAAUCUCUUACGAUGGGCUAUUUUGCUAUCGUGCCAAGAGCACCUAAGAUAUAAUAUAUCCCGAAUUCUGCGGAUACAAUCAUUUGAUCGAAGCCUAUAUAAAGGCAUGAUCCAGACUAUCCUUCCGCCUGAUCUGGUCGCUAAUGAACCGAGCCGACUUGAUCCCUUUCUUGAAUCAGAUCUUGAUCUCAUUUUGUGCCACCUUAGAAAGGAUCUUGGGGGCGAUGUGUGCCGAGAGAUUCUGAAUGAGGUUUGGGCAAAGGCAUAUGAUGGAGGUAGACACGAAGCAUUCCAAUACCUUAGGAAGCACAACUCGAUCCAGUAUCUGGCGACCAAAGGUCUCGACCAUCCGUGGUUAGCUGCUAUGCGCAGGGGUGGAUACGAUUCAGCGAGGUAUUUCCGGGAGAAGGGCGCUAGAUAUCAGUUCACUACUGUAUUGCACGAUACUAGUUGUGCAUGUGGCGAUGGAAGUGAAACAUGGUUCGACAAUAUACGAAAGCUAAGGAUAGAGCGGUACCUUGAUAGUAUCCCCCUACGUGAUGUUGUAUCUAUCGAUGAAGCCCACGAAAUUCUAUGGGCCAUAUUCGCUCUCGUUACGGGAAUUUUGGCAUCCCAAUCUGGAAGUGAGCGGGAAACGCUUGGACCGAAUUUAAAAUCACGGGAACGAUAUCCACGACACGGCAAGGAAUCCCACCCCGAUCAGGUGUAUCAUGAGAGAAUCCUUCUUCACAAUAUGGAUCGAGUAUCUUCUCUAAAAAGGUUGUUACCCAGGGUCGCCCGGGAUUUCUGGAAUGCCGCGGGGACUGACCUCAGCAACCAGUCGAAAGACGACGCCUUGAUCACGCUCAAUAUUGGCAGACUAUUGGUUCUUUAUUCCGCCUGGAUACAAAGUUAUUAUGGGAUGGAGAUUGAGGUAUCGUUGCGCUGCUACUUUACCUUGGGAGCUGAGCUAAACAAAAGUGAUAGGCACACAAUCGGUAUUUUAGAUCUCGCAUUAAGAGACAGGGAUACUAAUAUUUUGGAUUAUCGGAUUGGAUCGCUGGCUAUAAAGGAUACCACCCAGGCGCAACUUCUCACACUUGCGGUGAUCCUAUCAUGCAAGCCAAGGAUUUGUGGGGUGAUUUUAAGGCACACGAUACCUCAUCUAGAAGUCGACGACUUCUUCUGCUAUAGUCCAUCACAUAUGCGCCGGGAUCUGUAUAUAUGCGCUCAAGCCCUCCUAAAACGACAAUUUCAAGGUUCCGUUAGUGGCAAAGUAGAAGAAAUCCCGCAGCUAGAAAAUAGUAUCCGCGAUUUCAUCCAGGCUUUAGCUUUCGGACCGACACCCUUUUAUCUGAAUCCACUAGGACUGGCCGUCCGUCUCCAGCACUAUGAAGCUAUGGGCCUCCUUACCAGCCAUGGUGCGGACCCGUGGAUCGAGGCCAGUCAGCUCUACCAAGGAGAUAGAAUCCAAGGUUUAUCUGCAAUGGCUUGUGCUACUCGCAAUGAUCUUCAAACCAACUCUAGUAUCUCUGGGCCUGCUCCUCAAGACCAGAAGGAUAAACCUGAGCAUAUUUUCCUUGCGACAGCGAAUGCAGUAGGGGUCGAUCUCCAAGUAGAUUUCGAUAAAGCAGGAAACUUGACCGGGAAAACCUUACUUCACUACGCUAUCGAGCAUAGCAGCGAAUCCGUUGUAAAACUCUUGCUAGACCUGGGAGCGAAUACUAGUGUGGUGGAUAAUGAAAUGCGUACGGCACUACAUGUGGCUGUUACUGUGGAUCCAUCAGAACAAAGCUUCGGAAUUCUGUCGGAAAUAAUAGAAAGGGACGGGGGCAAGAGCCCUGGAAAGCUUGACAAUAAAGGCCGAACUCCAUAUGAACUUGCCAAAUCAUUACACGCCCAUAAUAAUGAAUAUUGGGCAAGGAUAUCGGGGCCACUAGAAACCGCAGAAAUGAUGACAUUUUCUUCCAUUCAAAGGAAUUGGGAAUCGGCAGUCAAAAGGGCCGCCAACUCGCAGCCUGUCGAAGGGAAAGUGGACUAUUGGAUGGAGUUUUCGGAUACAGAUACUUGGGAAGGGGGUACGGAAGACAGUUUGUCUGAUUAA